CAUACCCAAAGGAUGUCGUCUAAAUGGGACCAACCAGCGCCAGCCGCUGCUGCUUCUACGACCGAAGAGCAACCACCUUCAACGUCGGCGCCAAUCGUGAACGGCAAAACUGCCGCAGAAGCUGCUGCAGCCGCAGCUGCCAUCGCCGCCAAAAUUGCAGCUCAAUUCGCUGAUGGUGCCUUGGGUGGCUUGAACGAAGCUUAUUCAAAGGAUAUCGAUAUAAACGACGUUAGGAAUCGAUAUAUGUUGACUAGAGGAUCCACGCAAACAGAGAUCCACGAAGAAACUGGGGCUUCGGUGAGCACCAAAGGAGUAUGGUAUCCUGAUCGUAGUAAGGCGACAGAGAAAGAUCCACCUCUCUAUCUACAUGUCGCCGCUGCCACCCCCGAGAUACUCCAGAAAGCAUUGGACAAGAUUGACGAGCUGAUGUCUAUAGACCUUGGGUCGUUGGUAGAGGAUAAGAAGUCAUUGAUGAAGCGUAAAUGGCCCGAAGAGAAACUACCAGUCGGCCUAGAGACAAUUCGAAACUUCAAUGUCCGAGCCAAGGUCGUAGGGCCUCAAGGAUCAUUCGUGACCUAUCACUUUUUUUGAACGCGAUUCGAAUCGGAGAAUUGGUUUGUGAGACUAACUACCAUUGUUUCGCUCAUGUUGUUUUAGGCAUACGCACCGCCUCCAGGAAGCGCACCACCUCCACCACCGCCGGGCGAGCAACCCCCACCACCCCCUGGCGGGAUGCCACCACAACCGGUAGGCGGUCCUCCCCCACCUGGGACUGAUCAAUCCAGUCAUGAUGCUAUCGCUAUGUAUUGGGCUGCUUAUGGGUACGACGUGAAUUCCCCACAGUUUAAGGAAUGGGCUGCGCAGCAGCAGCAACAGUAUGGCCAGUAUUAUGCGGCGUCAGGAUCCUCUGCAGGAUCUGCUGCACCUGCUCAGCCUGGUCCUGACGGGGCAGCGGAGAAUCAGCAACCACCCCCUCCACCUCCGUAGGCUUAGUGUAGUAAGGACCUCAUAGUUAUUAAAUAUUUUAGAUAUGCUCUUUGUUACAUACAUGUGUUGAAUUUUUCCUUUCUUCG